CUCAGCGUCGUUAUGAAUGCGGAGUGUUACGUUACAAAUAGACUAUAACAUGUAUGGAUUUCAUGGAAAGAAAAGUUGCAUUACGGAAACGCAUUGUUAUUUCAAAUAGCUCAAAUUCCUGCUGUUUUAAAAUAGUUUUUCCCACGUCUGACGCUGAAUGCCGCACCUUCUGAGGGCGGUUUAUAAAUUCACCUGCAAACGCAUUUGAAGGACACACGUAGCCCAGGACUUUCUCAGCUUUUUGGGUGUAAUGGAUCCCCAGACUUACCCAAUCAGCCUGCGUUUGACCGGCGUGAUGCACAAGGAAAAGAAAAAGAUGUACUUGGUGUCUGUGCUUUGGUCGGAUCAAAAUGAAAUUGUGGUGUAUAGAACGUUUAAAGACUUUGAGAAAUUACAUAAACAAAUGAAGAAGGUGUUUCCUGCCACUAAACUGAAAAAAUCUGAAAGGAUUAUUCCCAAAUUUCGUUACAAAAGAGUGGAGUGCAGAGGCCAGAAGACUCCAACCAAGUCUCUUGUGAGACUCAAGUUUCUACAGAAAUACUGCAAUGAACUGCUGCGCUGCGACCCCAGAGUCUGUCAGUGCACAGACCUGGUUCAAUUUUUUCAUCCAAACAAGCAGGAUCUCCAGCCAGAGUUUUCUUCUAACAGUGUCAUGGUCAUGCCUUUAAAUGAUAACCUAAAAGCAGAUUUAGGUGGUGGAAAUGUGACAAAACCAUUUGUGACUGAGACCUACCGCUGCGUGGCUGCAUACGAAACCAAGGACACCAAAAACAAACCAUUUAAAGUUGCAGCAGACGAGAACAUAGAUGUACUUAUUAAAGACAAAGCAGGGUGGUGGCUCAUAGAAAAUGAUGAAAAGCAAAUGGCUUGGUUUCCUGCUCCUUAUCUGGAGAAACUUGAGGCUGACAGUGAAGAUGAAAUAGAUGGGUCUACACAAAAAGGAUUGCUCUACACAGCAAUCAAGAGUUAUAAAGCUACCAAAGACGAUGAGAUCACAGUAAUCAUCGGUGCUGUUGUAGAAGUCUUGCAGAAACCAGAAAAUGGAUGGUGGUUUGUAAGAUACAAAGAGAAGGCAGGUUACAUCCCCUCAAUUUACCUACAACCCUACAACUACCCACAUAUACAAUUGACACCUAGUCUUCCAGCGCGACAAAAUUCACUUAAUCUGGAAGUUCCCUCUUUGGGGCAGCAUCCUCAAUUUAGCCAUUCCCAAGGAAACCUGCUGGAAAUGCCAUCAUCCAGACCAUCUUCACCACAUUUACUGCAACCAGAAAGCAAAAAGAAGUCACGUUCUCUUAACAUCCUACCAGCAAGUUCGCCAGCACCACUGGCUGUGGUUCCAGCUUCCAAUGUUACAAAUGGCUCUGUGCAUCGCCAUCCUCCACCAACAAUUACCAUAGAAAUGGACGACGAUGAUGAGGGGGGGAGAAGUAUCAACAUUUACAGCCAGGGUAGCUUUGACAGUGAAAGUGAUUUUAGUUUUAGUGAUGACCUUAGCUGCUCGUCCGGAAGCUCUUCUCUAAACUUAAGUUCCACAGAGGAUGGGCCAAGCUUCCGCCACACUCCUCCACCUCCCAACAGCAAUCACCUGAGUCCAUCCACUGGUGCCAGGAUGAUGUCAAGUGUUUCAGACCCCAACCUUUACAAGGGUCCCACCUCGCCAAAAGUACCGCCCAGGCCACGGCCACAGCAGAUUCUGACCCGCUGUACAACCAUCACCAGGAAGAAUGCAGCCAAGGGGAGCAACACACACAGUGGAAUAGCCAGUAGUUAGUAAAGCAUGAUUAGAUACUAUUGAAAAGUCUACAAGCUGGUAUCAUUUUGGAAAAUGUUUUAUUUGUAAACAACAUACUAAUUCAUUAUUAUAUAAUCAAUAACAAGUUUCUAAUUAUAAUAGAAAGUGUUUAUCAU